AUGGAAAAUUUAGUUUUCCUUACUGUCAUCGUUCUCAUUUCAAUUUUCCCUGCAGCAACUUCAAGUUCUGCUGGCCUUGAGCAAGGUUUCCUUCAAUGUUUUCAGGCAAUUUUAGGGAAAAGCACAACUUCAGAAUUAAUAUUCACCAAAAGCAGUUCUUCUUAUGAAUCCCUUUUGAAUUCUUCUAUAAGAAACGCCAGAUUUCUAAACAGUUCAGUCCCAAAACCAAACCUUAUUGUUACUCCAGAUAGCCUUUUCCAAAUCCAAGUAGCACUUCUUUGCUCAAAGAAAAAUGGCUUACAAGUAAGAGUUCGAAGUGGGGGGCAUGACUAUGAGGGUCUUUCUUAUGUCUCUCACCUUCCAUUCAUCAUCAUUGAUCUUCUCAACCUUAGAUCCAUAACCAUUAAUAUGGAUGAAGAAAGUGCAUGGGUUCAAUCAGGUGCUACAGUUGGAGAACUCUAUUAUGCAAUUGCAAAGAAAAGUAAGGUCCAUGGGUUCCCAGCUGGAAGUUGCUCCACUAUUGGUGUUGGAGGGCACUUGAGUGGAGGUGGGUUUGGAACAGUUUUCAGAAAGUAUGGCCUAGCUUCUGACAAUGUAAUUGAUGCUCAGAUAAUAGAUGUCAAUGGAAAGAUACUGAAUAGAACACUGAUGGGAGAAGAUCUCUUUUGGGCCAUAAGAGGAGGGGGAGGGUCUAGCUUUGGAGUCAUCACAGCAUGGAAAAUCAAGCUUGUGCAUGUUCCUUCAACAGUGACAGUUUUUGAUGUUUCAAGGACCCUGGAUCAAGGGGCCACUGACCUUUUCCAUAAGUGGCAAACUGUUGCUCCCAAACUUCCUGCAGAGCUUUUUCUGCACACUGUUGUGGGAGUUUCCAAUUCAGCUUCUCAUGGUGGAAAAACUGUGGUGGUUUCCUUCACAGGAUUGUAUCUUGGGACAGCUGAGAAUCUCCUUCCUUUGAUGCGAAACAAUUUUCCAGAAUUGGGUUUGCAGCACAACAACUUCACCCAGAUGACUUGGAUUAAAUCUGUUCUUUACUUUGCAGGGUAUUCAAUAGAUGAAUCCUUGGAGGUCUUACUCAGGAAAAAUCAAACAUCUUCAAGUUUCAAAGCAAAAUCUGAUUAUGUAAAGGAAGCCAUUCCGUUAGUUGGCUUAGAAGGGCUAUGGAAGAUGCUACUCUUGGAGAACUCACCACUAUUAAUAUUCACACCCUAUGGUGGAAUAAUGAGUGAGAUUUCAGAAUCAGAAAUUCCGUUUCCACACAGAAAAGGGAACUUAUACGGCAUUCAGUAUUCGGUGAAUUUGGUUUCAAAUGAAGAAGCGCCAAAUCAUUUAGAUUGGAUAAGAAGAUUGUAUGAAUAUUUGGAACCGUUUGUGUCAAAGCUGCCAAGACAGGCAUAUUUCAAUUAUAGAGACCUUGAUUUGGGUGUGAACCAAGGGAACUCGGGCUAUGAAAAUGCAAAAUCCUGGGGUCUGAAAUAUUUCAAUGAAAACUUUGAAAGGCUAGCACUAGUUAAGAGCAGGGUUGAUCCUGGAAAUUUUUUCAGGGAUGAGCAGAGCAUUCCACCAUUGUAG